AUGAUUGUGAUGAAAGUGCCGUCCUGGACGGCGGUCCGGACGAGGAAACAGCCAAAGGAGCAAACUGCACGAUGUUAUCUUUUGGAAAUGCCCACCGAGAUCCUGCUCGAAAUUGUCUCUCACCUGACACUCAUCCCGGAAGCUGUUUUCGCCCUGACUUGCAAACGAAUGUAUGCUAUCUCUGGGUCUAUCCUCAGCUCGAAAGCUCUGCAAUUCCCUCGCGACUUUGCGCCUCUUUUCCACCAUUACCGCAAUACACACAACUUUAUCUCACCACGAUGGCAGCUCCUUACUCUGCUUGAAAAUACUCGAUGGCGGAACUGUUCGAAGUGUUUGAAGCAGCACCCCCGAGCGGCCUUUUCGUCUCGUGAUCUCCGACGCAAAGCAGAGAAUCGAACAUGCAACGUCGGGGAGUUGGCAGGCGUCGUUGAUAUUUGCCCCUGCAAGAAACUGACUUUUCGCGACAAAUUGGAUCUUGUAGAUCACCUUCGCGUGCGCAAGCUCACCUUACAAGCCUUGAAACUUGAAUUUGGAAGCAUGAUCCACGAUGAUCGCUACCUCUGGCAUUCAUGCACGGAGAAAUACGGGCCUUCCGAAAUGACGAUCUCGGUAUUCCCCGAGCUCAACGACGAUGACCAACUCAUCGUCCGCACCGAAUACCAGCUUACCACGGAGUCUGGCCAAGUCGGAAAAGAGGAAUUUAUGACCCCACGUUUCGGGUGUGCCCACCGAUCAGUGGACCUCUGGUUAUCAGGUGUCCACCAAACCACAAUAUGUCGGCUAUUUGAUAAGUUCUGCUCCUCUUGUCAGCGAAUAUCCGUAUGUGGUGCAUGUAACACCACACUGAAGUGUCCUCGCAAACAGCCAUAUAACUCACUUGACUCGAAACGCGUCACUUAUUCUUUCUGGACCGAAAGAAGCCUUGGCGGCGCCAGUGCUGUGCCCGACGCGGCCUGGGGCAACCAACGCAUCCACCCUGCCGAGCCAUCUGUCGGCGUUGAGAACUGCAAUGAGCUUUGCCCUUGGACAGUCCGCGAACAUCCUCCACUCACGUAUGCGCCCACGCUGGGCGAAGAAAUUAUUCAGCCUGGCAUGAAUACUUCAUCAUUGAACUCGUUAUAUUCGUCGAUUCGCAUGUUAUAG